UCCCAGCAUUCCUGCGGGAGAACACCGCCCAUCCCAGCGGGGACACGGAGCUCCGUGUGCGCUCCGUGCGGGAGAACCCAGCGGGGAACGCGGACAGAGCCGCGGGGAUGGAACCACGACGGCACCGGAGGGCACCGAGGGAGGAGCUCCCUCCGCAUUCCCGGGCGCUGCCGCAGGGCCAUCCCGGCCCCGAGGCCGGCCGGGAGCGCUGGGAUUGCCGGGAAGAGCGGCUGGAACUGGGCACAACCAGCAGCGAGCCCGGGCCGAGCCCCCGGGACAGCCCCGGUGGGACGGCAGGGCCGGGUCGGGAGGGCUCCCGGAGCCCUCGGGGAUGGGGAUGGGAAUGGGAAUAGGGAUGGGGCGGAGCGGCCCCGGCGCAUAAAGGAUGGAGGGCGGGAGGUGUGGAGAGUGGGAGGUGCUUCCCGGGGACACCGAAGGUGGGGAAAAAAAAAAAAAGAAAAAAAGGCGCCUUUUGUCAUGCUGGUCUCUGGGUUAAGUUUGCGGCUCGCCAAGCUCCAGGUCUUUCCCGAGGGCUCCCCUCCCUUUCCGCCCGCAGGUAUUCAGUCUCAGGUUUGCCCCUUUGAGGCUGCGCGCUGCCAAAAUGUGCUGGAACGGUGUAUCCCCCCCCCUUCCUGUUGUCCCAUCCGCCUGGAAAAGGUUUCACGCUCCCCCUCUCCUCUCCUCUUCCAGAUGGAGCCCACCAUGGAGUCCAUCUUUUCUAUCUUCCAGAGCCCCGGGAGCAGUGAUUCUGCGGGAUACUCAGGGGACUCUGUUCUGAGGGACACCGAGGAAGAGAAAGGCAUCCCUGAAGACCUCCAGCAAGAGGAACUGCCCCAGGUACCUGCAGCCCACAGCCCAGAGAAGGGGGCAGCCUGUAAUGAGCCCCCUCCCCAGAAAAGGAGCUCCACGAAACUCGUCCUCAGCACCGAUGACCAGAAACCGUCCUUGGAGCAGAAACCUUCCUUCCAGUGUCCGGAAUGUGGGAAGGGCUUCAAGGGGCACUGCAUGCUCCUGAACCACCUGCAGAUCCACAGCAGCAGGGACAAAAGGUUUGUGUGUGCGGAAUGUGGGAAGAGCUUUAGCAGGAAGGCCAACCUGGUGGUUCACCACAGAGUCCACACGGGAGAAAGGCCCUACAAGUGCAAGGAAUGUGAGAAGGCCUUCAGCUGUGCCUCCAACCUCUUUGCUCACCAAAAAACCCAUCUGAAAAAGAAAGCCUUCUCCUGCACCGUGUGCAGAAAAAGCUUCAGUGGCAACAAAGGUCUCCUGCAGCAUCAGAGGGUCCAUGCGAGUGAGGAGCCCCACAGGCGUCCCGAGGGGGAAAACAGCUUCCCUGUGAGCCCAAACUCCGUCAAACACCAACACCUGAGAGAGUGUCCCUGUGCCCAGACAGCAGCUGCAAGCCAGGCUGAGUUUACAUGUGUGCAUCAUAAAGAAGAGCAAAGGUGCAGUGCAGAGAGAGAUCACUCCAGGCUCAUUUUUGAAGAGUUGAGGAAAGUAAGGGAAAACAUGGAUAUGCUGCUCCUAAAUCACCAAAGUCAGCUGCAGGUCCUGCAGGAAAUUCAGAAGCAACUGAAUGUUCUCGUCCCAGGCAAUGCCCUCCUGAAUUCCAACGUUUACAGCCUGGGAGUUCUGCUGGGGCAGCAGGCGACUGCGGCAGCUGCCGUUUCUUGCCCCCUUCUCAAUCCCAGCAGCUUCCUCUGUGAAAAUGCCACUGCCUUAUCCCCUUCCUCUGCCCCUGGAAUUCUGCCUGCCACUCAGCUCCCAAGCUCUCAGGAUCCUGCAGCUCCCAAAGGCUGCUCAGUGCUGUGCUGUGAGCGAGGCCAGUGCAAACACAAGUGACUGCUGUGAGCCCUUCUGUCACUGGAACACUCUGUGGUGGUGGAAUUGUUGUACCUUGUAGCAGCAGGUGCUGACUGUGCACUCAGACUUGCUGAUUGAUCAAAUCCUGCCCCUUCACUCACUGUAGCCUGCAGAGGUUUUGGCCAGUGAUGCCUUUUGCCACGACAGCUCCCAGGAUUGUUAUCCCUGGGGUGCAGUGAAGUGCAGGAUCCUUUUACAGGGUGAUGCAUAAAACUUGAGCAUAUUGUUUACAUGUCUGUAGCCUGUACUUGGGCAACUGUACCUCUCCUAAUGAGCUGAAACUAAGGAUAAAGUCCUAAGGGGUUCUUGAAGCAUCUCCUGCUAAGUCUGAUUUCUACAGAGUUAAAAGCAACAUCCUGAUGCAAAGAUGUUCAGCAGUUUGCCAAAGCUUUCCUCCUUCAGGAAGUCUUGAAAUUAAGUGAUCUUGAAGUAGCACUCUUGGCCCAGCAUCACUGCUAGAACUACAAAUAAAACCUUUUUUUUUUUUUUUUUUCCAAUACACAGACAACUCCUCCUGCCUCCCCAAAAAACCAAACCAAAGAAACAUCACCAAAAUACUGCCUUUCAGGUCUACCUUUGUUACUAGGAGUUCCUGAGGAAAAGCCAAAUUGGUUUAUAGGGCACUUGUUCUUUUGUCCAAAGGUGAACUCAGUUGAGUUUGGUUUUAGGUACUCUGCUUGGAUUAGGUACUCUGUUUGGAUUAUUACAUGUUCUUGACUGUUGUGUGUUGGUGCACUGGGUGCAGGGCUGGAGUAAAUAAUUACUGGUUGAGGAGGAACACUGAGGGGAGAACGCUCAGGUGCACCAUCUUGUGAAGUCUGCAGAGGAAAUAAAUGAUAUUUUCUUUCCCAUUUCUGCAGGACUCAGACACUGGGCCUUUCAGGGUAUUGGAAAGUGCAGUUUUAAGACAUGUUAGUUCAUUCUACCUCGGUCUCUGUCAGUAACUCAGGGUUGUGGCAGUGUCAAGAGCCUUUGAGCCUCUAAAAUGCAAUGACUUACCUCUGAACAGCUGCUGGGAUAAAGAAACUUUGGGCCUUGCACCUGUGCCAGAAACACUCUGCCUUGAACUGAUAACUGUGUUUGUGGGUUGUUGGUGUUGCGGUUUGUUGUUUGGAUUUUUAUGUUCCCUUGUUGAAAGGAUGCACUGUUAGUAAUGAAUAAAAUGUUUCAGCUUUUAAGAAUGGAAAACACUUUUUUUUUUUGUUAAUAAGUCAUCACCUUAUUGAGAAAAGUCUGUGGCAACCAGGUAUGGCACUCCCUAUCUGUGUGACUACAGCUCUGGGGUGCUGUUCAUACUUGCUUGGAUGUUUAAUGUGACUUUGUUUAGGAGCAGAAUCUCCCGUUCAAAUCAAGGGUUAAAGUUUGUAUUUCAGUUGUUUCUAAGACAUUCAUUAA